AUGUCUGCGAUUCUAAGACGCAGUCGAACAGUUUGUGAUGUUCGACCCGAGUGUGACGAGCUAGCUUCGUCCUCUUCCAAGUCUGUUAAUGGCAAAAGAAAGAAGAGUAUCCUGGGGAAGCUUUUCCGCUCAUUUUCAAAGCUUGGCAAACGGAAACAAUUCCAAUCUCAACAGCAACUAAAUGAAGAGCAGCUCGUCGCUCAGUCCGAAAGCGGCAUCGUCGGCAUUGCCCAGGCAAGCCAAUGCCUAGAAAACGCGGGCCGAAAUGAUCAGACGCCAGGCUCAGACUCGGCAUCGACAGGCUACGUCUCUGAAGGUUCAUCGAGACGAGCAGGUAAUUGUGCUGCGGCCCGUCUCUCUGUCGAUUUGGAGAAGGAAAACAAACUGGCGCGACGGGCACACGCACGCUUUAGGUCAGACGACUCCGAAACAAGCAAUGGCAACAACUUCCUACGUAACAGGGAGCACGGGCGUGUUCGCACGCGAAACAUGCACGUUUUUACGUUACGAUCGUCAGACACGGACUUGGACAGAGACGAGACGGACCUUAACACGGACGAAGAACGCGACUCGUCAGUCUACACCGAGUCCGACUCGUCGUCCUCAGAUUCCUUCUACUCGACGGACUCGUCAUCCGACUCUGAGCCCUCGCAGCGCGGGCGGCGAGGAAUGGCCCGUAGUGUGCGUCCGCGCAGAAAGAACGGACAAGUCGAGCAGAAAACGAGUGAACAGACGCCAAGCGAGACGAACUGGACUCCAAGUGCACCAAGUCCAGCGUUGAGGGCGCGAAUCCUCCAGCUAGAACUCGGCGACACUAUCCCAACAGAUGCGGAGUCAGUCAACUCAAAAGAACCAGUUUCCCCGAAACUGAGCGAGAAGAUCACCGGCUCGCCUAAAAACGGUGCCGUCAAAAACAUCGCCGCAAAGUUCACAUUCGAGGAAAGUCAGUCCAAUGAAGAUCGACUAGAGUUUCUCGGCAGAUCAAAGUCCGUUGCACCUAUUCUUGCAACACCAAUUAUGCGUAAGAAUCGCGUCUUGGAGAAGUUUGCGCCGAAUCUGGAUCUAGAGCAGAGCUCGCAAAGUUCAGACAAAGAGACUCCGCAAUUAGAAAAGCCACAAGCUCUUCGACGUACUCAGAGCACAAAGAUCUUGGACCUGGCGGCAAGUCUGUUCCAGCCGGGAGACGAAAUCCAGACAGGCGAGAAGAAGUCACCCAUCGUGGAGAAGAAGGCCGCCAGCAAGAGUCAGGUCUCGCGUAGUCAGACGAUGAAGCUGUUGAGCCCGCCCAUGCAGGCUCGGCGACAGAGUCAGGACUCAUUCAUCCGCGAGCUGCUCGAAAUGGCCAAGACUGACUCUGGAACGAGUCCAUUGGGUCAGAAGUCGAAGGAGAUAAACGACUUCAAAAGUCAAAUCUCCAUGGCGUCGACAAAGAUAAUCCGCCGCAAAACUAUGACCUCCGCAGACGUUGUCGAGACUGAAAAACUGUCCAAACCGACUUCAAAAACGAGGGCUCACUCUGUCGGGCUCAACUCUUCCUCCAACCAGAAGGCCUUCCAGCCUUUCAAUGCGACUGCUGAGCUAGACCCGUUCGUGGAAGAGAUCUUGGCGAAUAAGACCGUACCUGAGACGGUAAAACAGAAGAUCCGCGAAGAGUGCUGGUCCUUGUUUAACGACCCCAAGACGCCCAAGGGUGUCAAGCAGUGCAUCCUCAACACAAUGAUGACCAAGAGUCAGAACGAGUAG